GACAACCGCAUCGAGCUGGUGCGGGCCUCCUGGCAGGAGCUGACCAUCAGCGUCAACGACGCGACGCUGGGGGACGAGGGCCUCUACACCUGCUCCCUCUUCACCAUGCCCAUCAAGAUCACCAGGGCCUACCUCACCGUGCUGGGUGUCCCCGAGCGGCCGGAGAUCAUCGGCUUCACCAAACCGGCCGUGGAGAGGGACAUGGUGACCCUCACCUGCGCGUCAGCCGGGAGCAAGCCCGCCGCAACCAUCCGCUGGUUCCGUAACGACAAGGAGGUCCAAGGCACGGAGGAGAUCAACGCCACCGGGAAGUCCUUCAUGGUGAGGAGCAGCUUGCAGUUCGAGGUGGACAGACGGGACGACGGCGUGGCCUACACCUGUAGCGUGGAGCACCCGGCGCUGGAAAGACCCUACCAAACCACAGAGGUCCUGGAAGUCCACUAUGCACCUCGGCUUGACAUCACAGCCUCCCUGAUUGUCCCACAGGAGGGGCAGUAUUUGAAACUUGAGUGUGUGUCCACAGGGAACCCAAUUCCAGAGCCGGUGCUGUGGUCUAAGGACGGGGGGGAACUCCCGGACGUGGAGCGUAUGAUCGUGGAGGGCCUCGAGCUGACCAUCACCACGCUCAACAAGACAGACAACGGGACGUACGGGUGCAGAGCCAGCAACCACCUGGGGUCCAGCUCGGCCGAAUUCAUCCUCUUUGUAUACGGUACACCAUCGCCACGUGACACUGAUUCAGAGCUUCUACGUCUUGUGAAUCCAUGGAAAUAUUUUGCAACUCAAAUUAAAAAAAAUGUUUGUGUAUCCGCUUUGACACACAUUGUUUUAACAUGAUCACCAUGAAUUUGCCAUUCAUUUCAAUGUCCCAGUGAACCUCUGCUAAUUGCCCCUCUAGUUAGCAGCAGUGUUUUGCUCGUGGGUCAUGGAUCGUUAUGCUUUCUUUCCAUAUAUACAAAACAUUUAAGAGACCAA